AGUUGCUGAAAGUGAAAUUUCGACUUCCUGCUGCCGGAGAAACAACAAAACUUGGGAUUUUGCUACAUAUUCAACUCUUAAAGUGUCUCAUCCAAACAGCACCGCUGACGUCAGCGGUCCCGUGAGCAGCACAAGACAUCCACGCUGUUUGGCCGCCAUGACAGUCUCAUGUACAGUAUGGGUUGCACGAAAUGUGUCAUCCGGGGAUCAAACAUGUGCGCAUUUGGUCACGGGCCGCAUUCUUUACCACCCAGUAAUGGUUGACGUGCGUCUCGUCAGCAGCGGCGGCGUCCUUGUGACUGGCGGUCCGCCAUCCCCGUUUGGACCACGGACUCACCGAGACCACCAAGAACUGAGGUGGCACGGGAUGAGUUGAGUUUGAGGGAAUCCCUAACAUGACGAUGCAAUCAUUUACCCCUUUUCUACCCCCCCCCCCAGCGUGGCAUGACUUGAAUUCAGCACCUCAGACGACCAACCGUGAGGGCGGCGGCGCUCGGGGAUACCCCCCCCUUUCAAGGUGUCCAUGAAUGAUAGCCCUGUUUUGCUCUCACGCAGGCCUUAUCUACGCCCGCCCAGGCGGGUCUUGGGCUACGGCGUCUUCUGGACUUGACGUACGUUUUUGACGAUGGGUGUUCCCGCUUCCUCGGGGUUGGGUGUCGUCACGGUUUCUUCGCUUUCGGCUCAUUUUCUUCACGCCGCCAACUCCGUGAGCGCCGUGCCGGACACCGGGUGGGAGUACCUGCUUGCAGGGCAUGUAUAAAAGUAGCUGAGAGUGUCGACGCAGAAAGCACCCAUGGAAAACACGUUCAGUUUCGACGAGGCUUUGGACUUGUCAUAUGAAGACAAUGAUGCAGCCCUCCCCUCGGCACUGACAAUGACUCCGAUAGACCUCCGCGGUGUGGAGAUGGGGAUGAAACCUGACGACGAUGACGACGAAGCACCCGUAGAAACGUAUAACAUCCCCAUCGAUUCAGAUGCCUUCCUCAACCUCAACACCAACGCCACCACCAGAGGAGACGCACAGGCGUACGUGGAGCUGAACGAGCUGCAAGGAAACACAUGGCAGGAGACGGGUCGCUGGGUGGGCUACGAGGAGAACUUCAACGCCGCCACGGGGAAGUGGAGUUCUUCUCACGUGUCCUACCUGACCUUCAAGAGUCUCAUCCAGCUACGCAAGACCAUGAGCACAGGUGCCGUCAUCUUCGACCUGAACGCCAGCAGUCUGUCCGCGGUGGCCGAGAAGGUGGCCGACGAGCUCCUCGGCAAGAACGAGAUCCGAUCCAGCGAUCGGGACUCCGUGCUCAGAGCUCUCCUCAUGAGACGCAGCCAAAUUGGGGGGCCAGAGGUCACCCCCGCAGGAGACAUCCAGAUGCAGACUUUUUCAGUUUCUCAGAAGAGAGACACCUCUGACAACAUGGAGGCGUCCAUCGUUCUCACGGGUGUCUUGGAGAUCCUGGAGAAGCCGGUGGUGGCUUUUGUCCGACUGAAAGACUCCGUGGUGAUGGAGUCCACCCUGGAGUGUCCCGUUCCGGUCCGCUUCGUUUUUGUCCUGUUGGGUCCCAGCCAGAGUGGGGUGGACUACAGUGAGAGCGGGCGCGCCAUGGGGGCUCUCAUGGCCGACUGGGUGUUCUGCUUGGAGGCUUUCCUGGCCGAGACUGACAAAGACCUGACCAACGCUAUCGCCGACUUCAUGGACUGCAGCAUCGUCAUCCCCCCCACCGAGAUCCAGGACCAGGGUAUGCUUGAGCCCAUCAUCAAGUUCCAGAAGAAGAUGCUGCAGGAGAGACUCCGCCCCAACGACACCCGUCUCGCUUUUGGUGACCGGGUGAAAAUUGAUAAAGCUCCAGAACCUCCAAGAGAAGACCCUCUGGCCCGCACCGGGAUCCCCUUUGGGGGGAUGGUGAAAGACAUCAGCCGUCGGUACCGCCACUACAUCAGCGACUACACGGACGGUCUUAACGCUCAGGUCCUGGCGGCGGUCAUCUUCAUCUACUUCGCCGCCCUGUCGCCGGCCAUCACCUUUGGAGGUCUUCUAGCCGACAAAACCGAGAGGAUGAUGGGCGUGUCGGAGCUGAUGAUCUCCACCAGCAUCCAGGGUGUCAUCUUCUGCAUCAUCGCCGCCCAGCCCGUACUCGUCCUCGGCUUCUCUGGACCGCUCCUGCUCUUCGAGGAGGCCUUCUACGCCUUCUGCAAGUCUCAGGGAAUCGAAUACAUAGUGGGACGCAUCUGGGUGGGCAUGUGGCUGGUGGUCAUCGUGGUCAUCAUCGUGGCCGUGGAAGGCAGCUUCCUGGUGCGCUUCAUCUCCCGCUUCACCCAGGAAAUCUUUUCCAUCCUCAUCUCUCUCAUCUUCAUCUACGAGACCUUCUUUAAGCUCUUCAAGAUCUUCAAGGCCCACCCCUUGAUUCUGAACUACGAUAAGCUCAACGACUCUUUGGAAGACCCCUUCCACCAUGGCGUCCCAAAGAAUCCCGCCUUCAACGCCAGCAACGAGACCAGCCCUGGGUCCGCGGCGGGGAUAAAGGCCUAUCCCAACACCGCCCUGCUGUCCAUGUGCCUCAUGCUGGGAUGCUUCUUCAUCGCCUACUUCCUGCGCCUCUUCAAGAACGGCACCUUCCUGCCCGGCCCGCUGCGACGUUUGAUCGGCGAUUUCGGCGUCCCCAUCGCUAUUUUUGUCAUGAUCGCUGUGGACAUCAACAUUAAGGACACGUACACGCAGAAACUUGUGGUGCCGAGAGGUGUCCAGGUGACCAACCCACAGGCCCGAGGCUGGUUUAUCAACCCCAUGGGAGAAAAGAAGCCCUUCCCCGUCUGGAUGAUGGCCGCCUCCUGUGUCCCGGCGCUCCUCGUCUUCAUCCUCAUCUUCCUGGAGUCCCAGAUCACCACGCUGAUCAUCAGCAAACCGGAAAGGAAGAUGGUGAAAGGGUCCGGCUUCCAUUUUGACUUGCUCCUCCUCGUCAUCAUGGGUGGCAUCUCCUCCAUAUUCGGGGUGCCCUGGCUGAGUGCCGCUACCGUGCGCUCCGUCACCCACGCCAACGCGCUCACCGUCAUGUCCAAGGGCCCCAAACCGGAGAUAGAAAAGGUGGUGGAGCAGAGGAUCAGCGGCAUUCUGGUGGCCAUCUUGGUUGGUGUGUCUAUUUACAUGGAGCCCAUCCUGAAGAUGAUCCCAAUGACGGCCUUGUUUGGCAUCUUCCUCUACAUGGGUGUCACGUCCCUGAAUGGCAUCCAAAUGUGGGAUCGGAUGCUUCUGUUGAUCACGCCCAAGAAGUAUUACCCAUCGGAUGCCUACGCCACAAGGGUGACCCCCAUGCGGAUGCACAUGUUCACCCUGAUCCAGCUGGUGUGCCUGGCCGUCCUGUGGGUGGUGAAGAUGAGCCCCUUGUCGCUGGCGCUGCCCUUCAUCCUCCUCCUCACCGUGCCCCUGCGUAUGGGGAUGACCGGCACGCUCUUCACAACUUUGGAGAUGAAAUGUCUGGAUGCGGACGAUGCCAAGGUGAAGAUUGAGGAGGAUGUCGGGGAGGACGUGUACAAUGAGUCUCCAUUGCCUUGAACAUACACAAAAAAAGUUGCUUUUUAAGGUGAAUUUAAUUGUAUGGAGAAAAAUAUGAGAAUAUUGGGUAUCUUUACAAACAAAAUGUUUGCUUAUGUAUUAAUUUUGGAAGGUUGCUGUCGCUAUCUCUUCUCAGUUCUCUCACAUUAUCCUUUCAUGUAGCAUUAGUUUGGGGAUCAUUUUGUUCUUUUUUUUUUAGAUGUAGAAUUUUCCUUGUGUGGAUGUUUCUUUUUGAAAUGUGAGGUCAAAUCAUUUGAAUGCAUUACAUGUCGAGGUCUAAUGUGGUUUAAACUAAUAUUUUCAUUCUCGUGCGUCAAGAUGUCUGCCUUCUUUGGGUAAAAUUCCCUCUUCUGUCGAUAUAUUUAGCCUUGUAUGAAGAGUUCAGUUCAUGCUUAUGAGAUACUCUGAAGUGUGUGUGUGUGUGUGUUAUUGCUUUUCAUGAGACACAGUGGGAAAAUACAUUUAACUGGUGCUGUUUAUUGAAAAAUAAGAGAAAAACCUUUAUACAUAUUCAUUUGUCUGUGCCAAAUAAUGUUUAUGCUUAGGAUUUUAACAUUAAAAUAAAACACUGCUAUCAA